UAUGGGUUUGUUCGUGUCGGAUGUCGUGUUCGAUUGCUGCUAGAGCGCCGCCUAAACUUCACAUCAAAUCAACCUCUCUCCUCUUUCAACGAGCAAAGGCUCGCAUAGCGAGCAUUUGAGAAUAGGGAUAUAUUUUCUCUCUUUUUGUGUUGUAGCCUUUCCCGAUACCAAAAACUCGAAACAAGCAAUCAGGAGGUUACAUACGUGCUGCAACCCGUUCCAGCAUUCGAGUACUUCCCUUCGUGCUGUGAACACCGUGUGUGUUUUCGUCGAGUGUUAUUGUGACAACCACAACAACAGAAACAUGGUGAACAAAACUACCCAAGCCACCAAGUUCAAGCGGAUUAAAAUACCGAUUGAAGUUAAAAAGGAGAUUAUUGAAAAGCGAGAGAGAGGUGUAAGCGUGGUCGAGCUAGCGCGCGAGUACAAUCGCAACACGUCAACGAUUUGCUGCAUUCUGAAGAACAGAGAGCAGCUGAAGGCCAGCACCGUGUCGAGGGGAGUUUCGCGACACUCGCGCUCGAAACUGAUCGACGACGUCGAACGAUUGUUGUUGAUUUGGAUCGAUGGAAGACAGCGAAAAGGCGAGCAGUUAACACAGAGCAUCAUCUGCGAGAAGGCGAAGCGUAUCUACGGCGAUAUUGUGGCGGGCGGAGCAGGACAGGCUUCCACAGCGACCGGCACAGCGAACGAAACGUUCAAGGCGAGUAACGGGUGGUUAGAGCGUUUCAAGGAGCGUACCGGAAUUCACAGUAUUUUCCGGCAGGGUAAAACUUCUCGGGCGGCGAACGAUUUCGUCGCUGCGUUUAACAAGCUGGUGCGCACGGAAGGGUUCCUGCCGCAGCAGAUUUUCCAUUGCGUCGAAACGGGGCUGUUUUGUCGCCAAGGUGCCAGCGGUACGGUACAGCAAGCGGCUGAACAAAAGUGCACACCUUCCGCGCCGGUGCAAGGCCGGCUGACGCUGUUACUGUGUGCCAAUGCAAGUGGUGAUUUAAAGAUCAAACCGUUGCUCGUUUCCCACACCAGCAGCAAUGGACCGCCGCGCGCAUUCCAAUCCAAUUCCGCCCACCCGAAUCCACUGGACGUAUUGUGGAGAGCGGACAAGCAAGCGUUGGUUUCGGGCGAUAUGUUUGCCGAAUGGAUUAGCGGUGCCUUCAUGCCCAGCGUGACCAACUAUUUGCAGGAAAGCAAACUUCCCCUCCGGGCGCUACUCGUCGUGGACAGUGCAUACGGUCGGUGCGUCGAAACGCUGGCCGACAACCUGUCUCGAGCCGUUCCGCUCCUUAAAGUACAGGUGCUUCCUCCCAACACGGCACCAGUGCUACAGCCUAUGGACCAGCGCGUGAUCCGUCUGUUUAAAAAGCACUACCUCAAGCAGCUACUGGUGCAUUGCCUUGACGUUACGCAUGGCACGCAUCUAUCGGUGGAAGAAUUCUGGGCCCUGCACUUCCACAUCGGGACGUGCGCUAAACUGAUCGGGAAGGCUUGGGCAGCCGUUACGGCGGGAACGUUAAGUACUGGAUGGAAGCGGCUCCUACCCGGUACGCAAUGUUCGACGAUCACACCCCAUACCGGCUCCACCAGGGAACCAACGAUGGAUCAGCUUUGUACGCUCGCCAGCUGUCUGGGGAUGGAAAUAGGAAGCAUCGAUAUCGAUGGGCUGGUUGCAGAACACGAUGAGGCGGAUCCAUCAACCGAGCAGCUGCAGAAAAUGCUGAAAGCUGAAGGGAGUAAAAAAAUGGCUGCUGCAGCAGAGACACAGAUCAGUCCCCCCCAGUCAAUCGAAGACAUUCAGGCGGUGUUAAACGCAUGGGAUAGUAUUGCCCCGUACGUACGCAAACAUCAUCCGGACGUGGCAUUGGCUGCGCGAGCGAACGAUGCGUACGAGUCGGAUGUUAUUGCGCACUAUCGGGCAAUAGUAAAACAACGACAAAAGCAAUCAAAAAGUAAGGGUGCUGCAAGGAAAAGAAAGUAAUGCACAGACAUGAAGAAAUAAUAAAUAACAAUAAGUUUGAUCGUGGGCACCUUCCGGCAUUUUAUUGUUUUAAUGGCGGACACAAUCUUUUGCUGACAAUCAAUCUAAACGAUCUUUUGCUGAAUCUGGUUUGGACCAACAAUCAGGUCCAAAAAUAAACCAAUAUAGCGUUUGCAGGGAACUUAUUUAGCUUUCAAUUGUUAGAUAUUCUUAUCGAUAAACCUAUCCAUAACAUCUUUAAAGAAUUAUGGUUGUUCUAUUACAAUC